AAACUUUUCGGCGACGAGUUAUAUUUUGGCUUUUUAUCUAAAUUCGUUGAUAAUUCGUCUGAAAAAUGGAAAUAGGGACAGAAAUCAGUCAAAAGAUCAGGUCUGCAAUAAAAGCAAAGCUGGUAGAACUGGGAGCAUAUGUUGAUGAUGAGCUGCCAGAUUACAUCAUGGUCAUGGUGGCCAAUAAGAAGACACGUCAACAAAUGGCGGAUGAUUUAUCACUGUUUCUUGGGAUGAACACAGAAACAUUUACAACAUGGCUUGCUCAAUUGUUAGAAAAGCUCCAGGCUAUUACUGCUGACCCCCCAUCAAAACAGACAACUCCAAAUAAGGACACAGACCCUAAAUCUGACAAAUCAAGUAAGAAAGACACUGACAAAUCAAAAUCAGACAAAGCAAAAGAUCAUGAAAGAUCAAAAUCAAAAGACUCAAAAAAGAAAGACUCUAAAAAAGAUCAUGACAAAAAGAAAGAAUCAGACAAAAAGAAAGACAUUGAUAAAAAGAAACACUCUGAAAGGGAAAGAAAGAAAUCUAAAGGUGAUAAAGAAACUGCAAAAGAGCCAGUUGAGUCAAAUGAACAAUUAAUAGCACAAAAGGAUGAGGAAAUCUCAGAAAAAGCCAAACAAGAAACUGAAGUGGCGGAUACAGUGCUAACAGUUGCUCCUGAAAUAGAUGAAUUUUCUGAAGAAGCAAGGAGAGAACAAACUCAACAUGAAACUGAAGAGAAACAGAAAAUCUCACCAACACCAACAAUUUCUACAUCCCCAGUCACUCAAACUGGUCAACUGGCAGUCCUUGCUAGACUUGGUAAAACUGUAACAACGAAAGCGCCCGUAGAAGAUGCCCCCUCGAGCUCAGAUCAAGUUAUGGUAGAUAGUUCCUCUAAAAAAUCUCCAACAGAGAAGGCAACUGUGAAAAAGCCCCAGAGGGUUAUUAAGACUUAUGAGUAUCUUCCAGGGAGAGUGCUUGGCCUCUCUGCAAGGCAAAAGAGACAAAUGUCAGAUGAAACUGAAGUUAUAGAGAAGCCUAGACCUUUGAAAUCCAGCACUCUUAAAGAUAGCAUUGUUAGCAGUACGGAAGAUAGAAAUGCCCGUAAGAGAAAAUCAACAGAAAUUGGAUCAACUGUAGGUUCAGUUAUUAGACACAAUGUUGAUGAUGAUGAAGAUUUUGAUCGUAGAAGAGUCGGAGCUGUUGCAAGUGUUAUACAUGUGUCUGAAAGAAAGUCUAGUAUUCCCAAGUCCCUUCAAGCAAACAAAUCAUUGAUCCUCAAAGCAGUUGACGCUGCUACCUCUUCAGUGGCCAAUCCAUCAAUGCGCAGAAUUACACGCGCAACACGACAAUCUUCAGAAAAUGAAGUGGGAUCUAGACAUGAUGGUGAAGUUGAAAUGAGGAGGGAUAGAAGAAGUCCUAGAGAUUCAGAUAACAGACAAAGAGGUGCAGAUAGCAGACAACGUGGUGCAGCUAGCAGACAAAGAGCACAUAUUCUAGAAAGACUUGCCCCGGAAUCAUUUAAGCCAAAGGGCUUGACAUCACGAUCAAGUCGACAAGACCCCUUGGUAGAAUAUCGAAAUGAAAGGAGUGACUCUGAAGAAGAGAAAGAUGAAAUUAUGUCUGAUGUCAUAGAUAGUCCAACGGAAAAAGUAGAGACUACUGAAGUUCGAACCAUCUCGAUGGGUUUCGUCAACGACUCAAGGAAAGUUGAGCGAAUUAUUGAGGUACAGACUAAAGACUCUGAGCCAGAGAGCCCUGAAGAUAAUACAGUGACGUCUAACACAGAUAUACUCAUGGACGACGAAGUUGAUGAUUAUCUUGUGGAAGAUGAUUUGGCGCAGAAAGAAAAUGUGCGCUAUGUACAACAAGCUGUUCAAGAGUCUAAGGCACAAGUCCCAAGAGCGGAGAGUCCAAGAUUUAUUGUCACAUUGGAUGGUGUUGAUCCCAGAAGUCUUACAGGGCACAGAAAUGCCUCUGAGGAGGACUCCAUGGACGAUGACUCCCCUCAGAAAGUUAUACCCCAGACCUUUUAUAGACCCCUAGCCAUAGCCAUUGAUUCUGAUAGUGAAGGGGAUGGUGAAUAUGAGGGAGAAAACCACACCUCCCCCAGGAAAAAGCCUCGUAUGAGCACAGUGGAGCGCUGUAAGUUUUGGCCUGGUUGUAAGAAUGGUUCUUUGUGUCCAUAUCAGCACCCAACAACACCUUGCAAGACUUUUCCCAACUGUACAUUUGGUGAUAAAUGCCUGUAUGUUCAUCCAAGUUGUAAGUUCGAUGCCAAGUGUACUAGAGCAGAUUGCCCAUUCACUCAUUCAACCAAGCAUUUGGCACAACCACAAAGAGGUCCAGUAGCAAAGUUUGCUCCUAUACAAACUGCCCACCCUGUACUCCCACUACCACCUUCCAACUCCCAGAAUUCUCGUCAGACAAACUGCAAGUUUUACCCAGAAUGCACCAAUAUGAACUGUCCAUUCAAUCAUCCCAAGAUGUGCAGGUAUGGUGUGGGAUGUGGUAGAAAAGACACCUGUUCAUUUACUCAUCCAAAAGUUCCCACCGGUAGCAAACUAAAGUGGAAGGCUGGACAGAGUAAUCCAACUACCUCACAGUCACAUCAUAUAAGUGAACGCAAGUUUGUCAUUUCAACAGGAAGUAAUCCUAACCCGGCAGAAGAUUUGAAUACAUUUUAGUGAGAAUAUUACAUGGAAUAAUGACAUUGUGCAAAGUAUACUUAUUGUCACGAAGGGACAUAACAUAAACUACAGACUGUAUACAGCAGAGUGGUCGAAAGCUGAGGCGAGCCAUGAAAUGUUUUAGCUUGAAAAGCAUUGUGGAAUAUUUUAGCGCAUGAUACAUACACAUGGAAUGUAUCCUGGAUGUUGAUGGUCAAUCUUGUCACAGUUAUCAUUUCAGCAACUACACCGUAAAGUUGCUAUUGUGAGGGCCCAACAUUUCUUUUAUUAUACCCAAUGGUAAAAUUGCUAGCUGCUAAUGUUGCGAAACUUUGGCGAUUAUAUUGUAAUGUGAAUGUUAUAUCUAAAUGGAAUAAACAGAAAAAAACUAUCCAAUGCACGGUACAGUGUUUUCACUUCAUAUAUAUCUUGAUUAGACUGCAGUGCAAUGUGCAAGCAAAAGAGUAAGAUAAUGUUCUAAAUGAAUGUAAUCAUGACAUGAGUCUGAAGCAUUGGAAGUGUUUUAUUCAAUAUAAGAAGUAAGUGUAUUUACCUGGGGUUCUGUGAAUGAAUGCGUAUGUGUUAAUAUAUGGAACUAGUGUCUUGAACUGGUGACUUAUCACCCUGUGUCAUGAAAAGAAGCACUCAAAAUUAAUGAACAUAAAAAAAACAUUGCACAAGACAAUAAAAUGAAGACAGAUCAGUUGAGGAAAUAAGUUGCAAAUCAUGAAAUCAGAAAUUAUGAAUAGUACAGGUUAUCAAACUAUGUAGAGUGAUGUGUGAUAUGCUGAUACAGCAUUUGAGAUGUUUGUUCUGCUCUAGUGGUUUGAAGUGAGGCUUGUACAAACUGGGUCAGGAUUUACAUCACCUUUGCAUGUUAACUGAUUGAUUAUUAUGGGAUGGAUAUAGGAAACCAACUGCUUGAAAUGGAAUAAUACAACUCAAGUGAAAACCACUAGCGUCAACUUGAAUUUUUGAAGCAUCUUUAAUUGAAGAUAAGGAAAUUGAAAUCUGAGAUGGAAUUUAUUUGAAUAUCUCUCAUCAAAUUUUUAUUAUGUCACAACCACAAUUGGUGACAUAAUGUUAUCAAACGUUUGUGGAUGGGGGUUGGCACUUGGUGUUUGGGGUUUGAUGAUCGGCGUCUGUAACAUAUGUUGUCUGUUACAAAUGGCAGGUGGUGACAUGUUAAUGCCUUGUCUGAAAGUAAUAGUUGGCCAAA